AUGUCUGUAAAGCGCACUUGGUCUAACCUGGCGCUGGCCGCAUACGUUCGGGUUAUUCGCAAUGCCCCUCGUUCUGUUGUAUGUAAUGGCUCGCUAUUCGCUUCAUCAUUGAUAUUUGCUUCCUCGGCGAUUCCCAUGACUUGGGACCAAGGAGCUGGGGCUGUUGUGCCUUCUCUACCGGGCUUCCAGCAUCAUUUCAACAUCAGCUCCGGAAGCAAUCCAGGUCAAAUCAGGAACUUCGUCUCGCUCGUCUAUAUCGGAUAUGCCAUCGGAUCUGCGCUGUCGUUCUUCAUCAAUGACCAUGUUGGCCGUCUGUGGUCUUACCGAGUGUAUCUCUUCAUCUGGCUCAUUGGGCAGCUAACAGCCAUUUCCACUCCCGGUAUAUCUGGACUAUGGGCCUCCCGAAUCAUCUCUGGUAUGGGCAUUGGCGGUCUGUCGGUUUCUGGCCCGAUGUCCCUUGCCGAAAUCGCUCCAACUGAGAUUCGCGGCCUACUCACGUCCUGGUUCGUGGUCGCCAUGGGCAUUUCACUCUUCACCGCCAAUUUCUGCACGUUGGGUGUAUACUUGCAUGUACCCAUCAGCCGGCUACAGUAUCAGAUCGUCUUCUUCGCACCUUGUAUCUUCAUGGCACUCUGUGUGAUCUGCAGCUUCUUCGUCUGCGAGUCGCCUAGGUGGCUGAUGAUCGCCGAACGUCGCAAAGAAGCAGAAGACACUCUUUCCAAGCUGCGAGGGCUACCGCUUGACCAUCCCAGGGUGCAAGGCGAGAUUCGCGACAUCGAGGCAUCCAUCAGCUUAGUUGGUGGAUCUGAGAAGCCAACACUGCUGGAGCUCGUCAAAGAGACCUUUACCAAACGAUCAAAUCUCCGUCGUGUGCAGCAGACACUAAUGUCGUAUGCUCUUGCACAACUGUCUGGCGCCAACUCGAUUACGUCUUAUUUUGUGCCGUAUAUGCAGAUCAUCAGUCCUGGCGGCGGUACAACGAGAAACAUGUUCCUCAGCGGCAUGUACGGCUUCUCGAAAUUUUGGUUUAGCUUGAUUGCGUCUUUUCUUUUCAUCGAUGCGCUGGGCCGGAGAAACUCACUUUUCAUCGGUGCUUUCCUGCAAAUGGUUUCAGACAUAUACAUUGGUGUCUUUAUUAAGUACCAGCAAGUCCAAACAAUGUCCAAAACCGCGUCAGAAGCCGCUGUGGGAAUGUUAUUUGUCCAUGCAUUCGGCUAUUCAGUCGGACUACUAACACUACCAUAUGUCUUUGGCGGUGAACUCUGGCCAAACCGAAUCCGUUCAUUUGGAGGUGCCCUCAGCCAAACGUUUCACUGGUUGUUCAUCUAUGCUGUGAAGUUCAGUAUCCCGUCUCUCUUGAAGAACACGGACAAUUGGGGAGCAUUCAUUUUCUUCGCAGGAUGGUGUUUCAUCGCCAUCGUUUAUGUCUUCCUGGUCGUCCCGGAAGUUGCAGGUCUCAGCGUUGAAGAAAUUGAGGAGGUCUUCAAGGGACCGUGGUUCAAUGCGUACAAGCGAUCCAAACGAUCACUCGUCCGAGGUGAAGUUGGGAAUCUGGAUGGACACAAGCAUGAUCUAUCGUAA